UGUUAACAGUUUCAUAUUGAUUGACUCGGUGUGAUGUAGAGCUUUACUUAUUGCAAAGACACCUGGCCAUUGUCGAAGACUUAUGUUGCACUCUAGAUGUCUUCUAGUUAUUUGUGUCGUUUGAUUGCUGUCUCGUUGGUAUAUAGCCCACAUCUUUUAAACUCAAGUUAACGAAUGGAAUGUUCUUAACGCUUAUUGGACCAGUUUGACAACUCCUAUAAAAGGAGAAGAGGCAACAAAAAUCGUUGUAGUUUUAACAAGAGAUGAAGAUACUAAGCAAACACACUUGUUUUAAAAUAUCCAUGCUUAUUAUCAUCACUGCCGUAUUGCUGACAUCAAUUGUUAAAAAAAUGUCCGCACCUUACGAUGACGCUGUGCUUAAAAACCAAAUGGAACAUCUGUUACAGAGAGGAAAACCACAUUCUGUCAAAGGAGAUUUUAAAACAAAAGAAGAUCUACACUGCAUCAGAACAGCAGAACCAAUAAUAAACUGGAAGACCUUUUGAACUAGCAAACUUAAAUACUGAUUCGGAGUCUAAGGUGAUUUAUGUCGAUCUUUGGUGUGACAUCCACUUCAGUCUUCAGAAAUGAAGAACUUUAAAGGUUGAGCAAUUUAGGAAUAGAGAUGGAAAUUUUAUUGUUCCACCAGAUAAAAUUUUGGGAGUAUUACCGAUAAAUGUGAUUGAGUGUCUAUAUCACAGAAUAACCACAACGAUACAAACAUUUUGUGCAAAACAUGGUCGACAUGGUACUAUGAAUGAUGGAUGGAAUAUUUGUGAAGAUGGAUGUUACAAACCAAAUAAAAAUACAAAUGUUUGGGUUAUAAGCACAGUGAAUGAUAAGAUGAAUGCUGAGAGUAUAGAUUUACAUUAUAAAGCCAAAGUUUAUAGACACAAACCGAGUAUGAAAUAUGGACAAUAUGAAACAGCUGUCACACCAAAGGAUAAGAGUGGACUUUUUGAUCAUUCAACAACAUUUGGUGUUUGGAUCGAUGAAGUAAAAAGAAGAUCGAAUAGCAGAGAUGUGUUCAUCCUGGAUGUCGAAAAUCUUACAGAGAAAGUAUUAAGUGAUGUGAUAAAAAAUGGACUUCUCAACAAAAUGCAGCAACUGUCGAUUCGGAUAAAUUACUCAGAUGAUCAAACUGGCAUCAAAUACCUGUCAGCACUAAAACAUUUGAGAAGACUAUUUCAAGCAGGAUUUAGGAUAUAUUGGACAAAGCCAGAAUGGUCAUGCAUUCUUCAGAACCAAAAAAGAACAAGAUGUGUAUAUUUAGAUAUGAUUUACCAUAUGUGUAAAGACCUGGAGAAUCCAGAAGGGAGAUCAAUUGGUAUAGACGAGAUUACCACAUUGACAGAUAAUACUCAUUUUGUCAUUCCUGAUGAUAGCAAACUUAGAACCUUCAGCAAAACGGAAAUAAAUGGUCUAUAUAUAAGAUAUCUGACAUCAAUACAAAUAGAUUGCAAGGAAGUAUUAAGAUUAGGUUUAAUUAGUGACGGAGGAUGGAACGUAUGUCAUGACAAACAAUACAGGCCAUCCUACCCUUGUUUGGUGUAUUCAUUUGGCAUAUACUGGGACUUUAGUUUUGAUGAGGCCGUGGCAGAAACGUAUGGCUGUGAAAUUCACUCCUUUGAUCCAAGUAUGAACACUUCAGAUUUUAAGCGUGGAGAUUUCAUUUGGUUUCACAAGAUUGGCCUGUCUGAUCAAUCAGGAAUAUAUGGAAAAAAUAAAUGGAAGAUAUUGACUUUACAAGAUAUCCUUACAGAACUGAAUCAUACCUCGAGAACAUUGGAUAUUUUAAAAAUGGAUAUAGAGUUUAUGGAAUGGCAAUCUCUACUAAAUAUGAUAAAAACUGGUGCACUAAGAAAUAUAAGACAACUGUAUGUAGAAUUCCAUGGAUCUACUGCAUCAUUACAAAAUCUCCAAACAUUAAGAAGUAUAUAUAAUGAAGGAUAUAGAAUUUAUUGGUAUCACAGAAAUCCCGCAAAGACCAAUAUAAGGAAAUGGAAAUUUGUAGAAAACACUAGUUGUUAUGAAAUAUAUUUUCUUAAAAUAUGACGACAGCAUGAUUUUCUACAAUAAAAAGAAACAAA